GGUGGGCGUUCUCCACGUUGCAUCCUGCCCCCUCGGUCCGUCUUCCAGCGCGGUGGCCGAGCACAUGCAUCUUUCUCGGGGGGUGGGGGGGCUCGCUCGCGCACGCCCUCUCCCGCACCCCGCGACUCCUCACCUGCCCCGGCACGCCUUAGCCGCUCUUCUCCCUUCCCGGUGCAUCCCUUGACCCUUCAUCCCGGCCUGCGCGGGUUCGGAGCGUCGGGACGCGGCUGUGGCGGCGGUGCCGAGCUGGUGUGGGAAGCCAAGGCAGGAAAGGCGAACCCGAGUGGGCGGUGAGAGGCCAGCCGAGUCCGUGGGAGCCAGGGAAGCCUGAAGGAGCGAGACCGUGAGUGUGUGCGCCGCGCGCUGCCCCGCUCGGGGCGGACUCGUGCGGAGGCUCCGAGUCUUCGGAGCGGUGUCCCAGCCUCUGCAGUGAGCCUGCCUGGGUGCGCCUUGGGACCUGGGCAUCCAGAUCCCGGAGGUCGGCGGAGAGGUACCGGAGAAAGGCAGCGAUUCCGAGAGUCCGCGGAGGGGAGACGCGGAGGCUGAGCGGAUGGAGGAACAAUGCCGCCUCCUGAAGCAGAGCCGUUCUUGAGCCUCGGCGGCUGGAGUGUGGAGUCUGCUCUCGGCUCGGCUCUCUUCAGGCCUUGAGGCUACUUCUGGGCUUGGUUCCGCCUCUUAGUUUGACAGGAAUUAGAAAGUUGCUCUUCUUCUCUGCAAGCUUUCCUUCGGAGUGGCUUUCCGAUCUGCGUGCUGGUUCAAGUCAAGAUGUCACUUUCUGGAUCCCCCGCGAGGAGAGACUCAUAGAUUAUGCAUUGUUGGGCAGUAAACUCUCCCGGGAAGAGAGGGUAGUCCACCCAAAAGGCUAAAUGGUUUGCCACUGACUCCUGCCUGCCUCAGCACAAUGCCUUAAAUGACAAAAAGACUGUAUUGCCCUGGGAAUGCAUGCACAAGAGAGAAAGGUGCUGAGUAAAUUCAGGAAUAUAGACCCACAGCUAACUGGAUUUGAUUUAUACGAGGGAAAUCUACAUCAAUGGCCACUCUCACCACAUUGCUACUAUCGGAAACAGAAUGGUCAAUAGGGGAUGUUCUGAUGAAUAGUGAUGAUUGAAGAUGCGGCAUCCGUCUGUGUGAAAUCAAUGGGAGCUACUUACUGCAUGAAGAGUGCUUUGAGCGUUCCUUCACGAGCUCAGAUUUGAGAAACUGGAGCUGCCUUCAUCCAUCAUUUCAUCUUUCUCCAGUGGAUACAAACAUAUUUGCCUCACUGUAGCAGAUAAACAGACAACUAAUGUGGGACCAUGGCACUUCCCAGAUGCACGUGGCCAAAUUAUGUUUGGAGAGCCAUGAUGGCAUGUGUGGUCCACAGGGGAUCGGGUGCGUCGCUGACUCUCUGUUUGUUGGGAUGCUUGCUACAGACUUUUCACGUCCUCUCUCAAAAGUUGGAUGAUGUAGACCCAUUGGUUACUACUAACUUCGGCAAGAUAAGGGGAAUUAAGAAAGAACUCAAUAAUGAAAUUUUGGGGCCUGUCAUUCAGUUUCUUGGGGUUCCAUAUGCCGCUCCGCCAACAGGAGAACAUCGUUUUCAGCCUCCAGAACCACCGUCUCCCUGGUCUGAUAUCCGGAAUGCCACUCAGUUUGCUCCUGUGUGUCCCCAGAAUAUCAUUGAUGGCAGAUUGCCUGAAGUUAUGCUUCCUGUAUGGUUCACCAAUAACUUGGAUGUGGUUUCAUCCUAUGUGCAAGACCAGAGUGAAGACUGUCUAUACUUAAACAUCUAUGUCCCAACUGAAGAUGGUCCCCUUACAAAGACACAGACAGAUGGUUUAGGGGACAAUGACGGUGCUGAAGAUGAAGAUAUUCGGGACAGUGGGGGUCCCAAACCAGUGAUGGUGUACAUCCACGGUGGCUCUUACAUGGAAGGUACUGGAAAUCUGUAUGAUGGGAGUGUUUUGGCAAGCUAUGGCAAUGUGAUCGUCAUUACAGUCAACUAUCGGCUUGGGGUUCUUGGCUUCCUGAGCACAGGCGAUCAGGCUGCUAAAGGAAACUACGGGCUCCUUGACCUCAUCCAGGCCCUAAGGUGGACCAGCGAGAACAUUGGGUUCUUUGGUGGUGACCCCUUGCGAAUCACUGUGUUUGGAUCAGGCGCUGGGGGUUCAUGUGUCAAUCUGCUGACUUUAUCCCAUUAUUCUGAAGGUAACCGUUGGAGCAAUUCAACCAAAGGACUUUUUCAACGAGCAAUAGCUCAGAGUGGGACAGCCCUUUCCAGCUGGGCUGUUAGUUUCCAGCCUGCAAAAUAUGCUAGAAUUCUGGCUACAAAAGUUGGCUGCAAUGUGUCAGAUACCGUGGAGCUAGUAGAAUGCCUGCAGAAGAAGCCUUACAAAGAACUCGUUGAUCAAGACGUUCAACCAGCCCGAUACCACAUAGCCUUUGGACCUGUGAUCGACGGUGACGUGAUACCAGAUGACCCUCAAAUACUGAUGGAACAGGGAGAGUUCCUCAACUACGAUAUCAUGUUAGGAGUUAACCAAGGGGAAGGGUUGAAGUUUGUUGAAAAUAUAGUAGAUAGUGAUGAUGGUGUAUCAGCCAGUGAUUUUGACUUUGCUGUUUCUAAUUUUGUUGAUAAUUUAUACGGAUAUCCCGAAGGCAAAGAUGUUUUGAGAGAAACCAUUAAAUUCAUGUAUACUGACUGGGCUGAUCGCCAUAACCCUGAAACUAGAAGGAAGACAUUGUUGGCUUUGUUUACAGACCAUCAGUGGGUAGCACCUGCUGUCGCCACAGCGGACCUUCAUUCAAACUUUGGCUCACCUACGUACUUCUAUGCCUUUUAUCAUCAUUGCCAAACAGAUCAAGUUCCAGCUUGGGCUGAUGCAGCUCAUGGGGAUGAGGUUCCCUAUGUGUUGGGAAUCCCCAUGAUUGGCCCUACAGAGUUAUUUCCUUGCAAUUUCUCCAAGAAUGAUGUGAUGUUGAGUGCAGUAGUAAUGACAUAUUGGACGAAUUUUGCUAAAACUGGUGACCCAAAUCAACCAGUUCCUCAAGACACAAAAUUCAUUCAUACCAAACCCAACCGCUUUGAAGAAGUAGCAUGGACCAGAUAUUCCCAGAAAGACCAGCUUUAUCUCCAUAUUGGAUUAAAACCGAGAGUUAAAGAGCAUUACAGAGCCAAUAAGGUAAAUCUCUGGUUGGAGCUGGUACCUCAUCUGCAUAAUCUCAAUGACAUUUCUCAGUAUACCUCUACCACAACUAAAGUGCCAUCCACGGACAUCACUCUCAGACCUACAAGGAAAAAUUCCACACCAGUCACAUCAGCCUUUCCCACUGCCAAACAGGAUGAUCCCAAGCAACAACCAAGUCCCUUCUCAGUGGAUCAGAGGGACUACUCCACAGAGCUAAGUGUCACGAUCGCAGUGGGAGCCUCUCUGCUGUUUUUGAACAUCUUGGCUUUUGCAGCCCUGUACUACAAGAAGGAUAAGAGGAGACAUGAUGUCCACCGGAGGUGUAGCCCUCAGCGCACGACCACCAAUGACCUCACCCAUGCUCCAGAAGAGGAAAUUAUGUCUCUCCAAAUGAAGCACACUGACUUGGAUCACGAGUGUGAGUCCAUCCAUCCACACGAGGUGGUUCUUCGGACCGCCUGUCCCCCAGAUUAUACUCUCGCUAUGAGGAGGUCACCUGAUGAUGUUCCUUUAAUGACACCUAACACCAUCACAAUGAUUCCCAACACUAUACCAGGGAUUCAGCCCUUACAUACAUUCAACACAUUUACUGGAGGACAGAAUAAUACACUGCCCCACCCCCACCCGCACCCCCAUUCACAUUCAACAACUAGGGUAUAGCCAGAUGAGAAAGACAAACUGAUUUUUUUUUCUGAUGGAGUGCAGUAAAAGAUUAUUGGAAGAUUCCUUGGCUUUCAACUCAGAAGACUCUCACUAUUUAAAUAAGGAGGAAUAUUAUGUGAAUAUACAUAUCAAGAACUUUGGGGGUUUUGAAAAAUGAAUUGUACAUAGAUAUACACACAAAUCAACUUUAAAAAAAAAAGCAAAUUCCAAUUGCUUGAAGCAAUUGUUCUGAAUGAUACUUUUUCAUUCACUUUCAAGAAUUAAUUUGUUGAAGAUUUAAGUUACAUACCGGAGUUAGGCAUGUGGAACACCAAACAGGAAAGUACUCUGUCUGAAUACUUUAAAAACAGAAAAACAAAAAUAAAAAUCAAAUCAACUAUGAAUAUGCACAAGGGACACACCAAUGGAAUGUCAGAUAAUUUCGUCAGUUUUCAUUUGGAGCCCUUUAAUUGUGUAGACCAUAUCUGCUUAAGUACACAGAACACCUAUGCUGUUAAUGGCAUAGCAGAGAAGCUCAUGCUGAAAAUUGCCAGUAAAACAAAGAAGUUUAAAGACUGGCAGGUACAACAUUAUCACAUAAGUGCUGUCAGUACUAAGUCGUGGGGAUCAAGGAGACUGGAUAUUUUUAGCACGAUGUGCAUGAUAAUUUAUAUGCUUGGUGGCUGUGCUGCUGAUUAAGCCGUAAUUAAAAUUCUUCUCAUCCCAUUGGAGUUUUUAAUAGGAGCCUCCUCCAUCAAUUGGCAGAACCUAAAGAAGAUUUUAUAAGGGGCAAAAGUAAUUAUAAUAAUAAAAUAAUUUGCAGUAGUUUCGAUAAUAGAGGGAAUAGUUAUUAAAGUCUUGGGAGAAAGUAGAGGUAUAGUGGUGAAUACUCACUGAUAUGAAUCCCAGAAAAAAAUUUCUAUGAGUUGAAUAUUCUUUUCAUUCCCUUAUACGUAAUUUAUAGAAAUACCACUCUAAUUGGACAUGUGUUAGCUACAGAGCUAUAAUUUGCUGUGGGUUUGUUACUCUGAAGUUUGUUCCUUUCGGUAACAUUCUUGCAAGGUGUAAGGACGCCCCAAUAGUACCAUUCUGAUUAAAGUUCUCAGUCAAUUGAUUUACUCAUGUUGCAUGACAAAAUGUUUACUACUAAGAAUUCAAUAGAAAGUUCAGUCCCUCUUCAUGUUGCAGCUUUCUCGCUGAGGGUCACUUGAAUUUACUCAUGAGAUCUCAGCAGAGGAACAAUGUAGGUGCAGAACCUAGGAGAGUCAACAGCUGGGGGGGGGGGGUUGUCUUUCACACAUGUGCAAUUUCAAAUGAAUUCUCUAAGACCACAGAAAUCUCUGAAUCCCCUGUUGUUUACCAGUAAUAUCAAUAUAUCACAGACCUUUCCAAAUGUUUGUAUAUGUAAUCAGAUGUACAUUUAUAUUAAAAAAAAAAACAAUGAGAUGGACUUAAAGAGCACAUCCUGAUCAAUGGUUUCUCUCUUAUCUGUACUAUAUUUCUAUUAGACUAAAGUUAUGUGAUUUUUUUUUACCUUUUUUCAGAUGACUAGCAAUUUUGAUAGUUUGUAAGAUAACGCAAAGGACUUUCUCUGACUAACUGCAGUAACAGAGACCUUUCUUUCCAGCUACCCUUUUUCAAGAAUUGAAAGCUUAUUAUACAAAAGCAAACACUUGUAUACGACUUGGUGGGAAGGACGUUGUGUAUCUUGACCACAUCCGUGGUCCUUGGGUGAAAUAAAGAUAAUACGGAGAAUGGAGAUUGGUCAAAUGUUAAGAGACCUGAUCUUUGCUCAUUAAAGAGCUAAAACGUUUAUUGCUGUUUUGUCUUUUAUUUUGUUUUUAACCAAAAAAAAAAGAAAGAAAGAAAGAAAGAAAGAAAGAAAGAAAGAAAGAAAGAAAGAAAGAAAAGAAAAAAGAAAAGGAAAGAAAGAAAGGAAUCUUCAAAAAAGAAACAAGACUGUCUUGGAGUCGUGUUUUAGAACAGUUGGGUUUUAGAAGACAUACAGGCAGCUGCAGAGAAUACAGCUGUGCAUGGAGGGAAAAUCUUGACACUUUAGUACUAACUUAGAACCAGGAACUCAGAAAAUGUUACCUUGAUCAUUUUAAAUACCCCUUCCCUAGAUGUCACACAAACAUAGUGACCAUUAUUUUCACUUAAAAACACAACUUUUGAUGUUGCUAACCAGGGGAAAAAUCUGUUGGAAAUGUAGAAAUGAAGGGGCAGUAUUUCAUGAAGUAAGGAAUCUGCUCAUAAUAUGGGAGUGGCCAUCAGAUAUUUUAAAAAACAUUCUUCAAGAGAAUUGGAAAGCACUGAAAAAAAAAGAUGUUGAUCUAGUAUUGAAAGGUAAAAACUCUACUUUGAAAAUCUUAUUUGGUUAUAUAGCCUCCAAAGUACUAAACAUCGAUAAAUUUAAGUAUUGUUCCAUUUAAAAAUACAAUUCUCUGUCAUAAGCAAAGUCUUCAAAAUCCAGAGCAGUCAACUCGCCAUUGAUGAGUGACAUGCUUGUACUUUAGAAAGUAUGUUACCACCGACAGUGAACCAGAAGAACUAUGCAGCCGCUGAAGCACCGUGUAAUGCCAAACUGUCUUUGACGACAUUAAGAAAACAGUAAGACUAGAAAUAAAGGUGACAUCAAAAUGUACUGUGAAUGAGUGCUUUCAUAUGCAGCAAUUACUUCACUUGGAAAAAAUUAUUCUAAUAAGUUAUAGUGAGUACUCUGUUUCUAUCUUACUAUAAAAAAAUGCUACAUAUCUCUAACAUCUAGUUUUUGACAGUACAAUUCCUGCUUUAUAUCAAUUUAGGGAAAUAUUUAAGGAAAUAAUGCAUAGCCUGAUUGUUUGCUGAAAGAAAAGGAAAGAAAGCAGUCAGAUUUUAGGGUUUCCCUCUUGGGGUAUGGCAAAGGUAUUGUGAGUCACUGUGAGUAGCUAGUCUAGUUUGUUUUAUCAGACUCUGUCUUCCUGAACAUAAAAUUGUGUCUUGCACAACCAGAACUAAUAACUCUUAGCAAACUGAAAUAUAAUUUUUAAACGAAAGCAAAAAUUUGGCAUUUUGAUUCAGUUUUAUCUAAUGUGUUUGGAUUGUGUUUAUCAAGAAGGUAUUAUCCUGCUAGGGGAAAGCUAAUACUAAAGUGAAUAACUAUUUUAGCAUUAUUUAUUAAUUCAGAUUGUCUUGAUUGAAGUUGCAUAGCAACAAACAAGAACAAGAUUCUUAGAAUUCAUAGUUGAUAUCAAGCCAAAAUAAGUGUUUGCUGUUUUGAUUUUAUAUAAUUUUGCCAACAUUUAUCAAAGAUUUAUGAUGUUUUCUGUAUAAACUUAGGGAUGUUAAAGUGGCAGAUUUAAUGGUUUUAAAUGUUAUUGAUAUGUUGAAUGUGGAUCAAAUUUAGUUUACUGUAGAUAAAUAAAUUUGAUCACUAACUUUCAUGAAAUAUUGAAUAUAAUUUCUGAAUCACCUCACGUUUCCAAUUUUGAGAUUUUUUUUCAGCUCAAAGUAGAAAUUAUUUCAUUCAUUUUAUGUCUAAGAACAUGCUUUAAUGCACACCUGUUGACACAUAUUAACGGAAUAUAAUGUAUACAAAUAAAAAUUCCCAACCACAUGUGAUAGUAAGUAGGCAAAAUGCACAGUGCAUAGCAGCGAGCCUGAUACAGAAGUGGAAUGCCAGCACUCAAUUUUUAUUUCUGUACUUAUAACAUCAGUAAUUUCACCUGUUGGUACAGUUGUAUUGAAAUGCAUAUGAACAUCCAGAAAAGAUACAGAGAGCGGAGCAGAUGUUCCUGGCUUUACAGGCAUCAGAAUUUCAGAAUCAAUGGCAUCUUUUCUUUGGCAUAUCUCCUUGAAGUAUUUUCACAAUAACAAAUAAUGAGUGGAAUCCCUAGGAAGCUGUCAAUAGCCAUGGUAUUCCUCUUGUAAUUUUGUUUACUUCUUAGUGAUUGGUUCAAGCUUCGGGCCUUUUAUUUCAAGUAAUUAGUUGUUAUACACUAUCACUUUUUAAUGUGAGUGAAUAUUUGAUAAUUUGGUUAUACUUGCUCCAAAAUAAAUCUAAUUAAUGGGCA